AUGGCGAGGGCGCGGCGGCCCGUGCCGCUGGCGGCGGCGUGCGCGCUGUGGGCUUGCCUGGCGAUCGGCCUUUCCGGCGCGGCAGACGAGUGGCUCAUCGGCUGGCUGGGGGAGACGUAUCGGCCUGCCGAAGUGUGGCCACAGCCCGCGACGGAGGCAUCCAGAUCCCAACCAUGGAUCGAAACACUCUCUUGGAGGCCAAGGGCGUUCUUGUACCACAGCUUCCUGAGCGAUGCGGAAUGCGACCACCUAAUCAAGCUCGGUGCGCCGCAGAUGAAGCGUUCCAUGGUGGUAUCCUCUUCGUCGGAGAAUGGAGAGGUGUCUGACUACAGAUCGAGCUAUGGAUGUUUUCUGAACCGCAUGCAGGACAAAGUCGUAACAGACAUCAUGCGGCGCCUGUCAGAGUGGACUCAUCUGCCCAUGAUCAAUCAAGAGGAUGUGCAAAUUUUGAGGUAUGCAGAUGGCCAGACCUACAGACCACACAUGGACGUGCUGGCAGAAGACGAUGAGGAUGGCAGGCGGCAGGCCACUGCCCUCAUAUAUCUGUCAGAUGUGGAAGCUGGUGGAGAAACAGCCUUCCCAAAGACCCGCAACCAUAACUGGGUCGAUCCCGGAAAAGUCGAACGCAUGGAGAACGUAUCGGCAUGUGCUAAAGGGCACAUAGCCACACGGGCCAGAAAGGGCGACGCACUGCUCUUCUUCUCCCUGAAACCUGAUGGAAAGCAGGAUUUCAUGGCCGAGCACACGGGCUGCCCCGUGGAGAGUGGCACCAAGUGGACAGCCACCUUCUGGAUACACGAAGAGCCGUUCAGACCAAGCACGUUCAAGCCCCCGCCGCCUGGCUGGGUGCCAGAUGAUGCAGGCGAGUGCCGGGACUUCGAUGAGCAUUGCGCCGCCUACAAAGAGCAAGGGCGUUGCGAAAGCGACGCAGCGACUUUGAAAGGGGACCUACUGGGCGACGGUAUGCUUGGAAUUUGCCGCAAGACCUGUGGCGUUUGCGUCGAGUGCGCGCCCAACGACAAGGAGUGCUACCUCCAAAACAGGGCCAACGCCGGAUACUUGAACCUGGACCUCCAAUAUUUGUGGCCAAGGCCGGGUAGCGCCGAACAGCAAAUGGAUACGUGA